AUGCUUAGUUUAAGUUCUUAUGUGCUUAAUCUAGUAGGAUCAAUACUGUGUUUAAUUGGGUGUUUAUUUAUUAUAGGUCACUUUUUUUGGAUACCGUUACUACGUACAUCAUUAUCAAGAAUCAUUAUAUAUCCUACAUUCAUAUUAUUACUUUAUGAUAUGGUUUCAUUUCCAUCAUUUAUAUCAAAAACAGCAGACUUAUAUAUAGAACGUUCAACAAUUAUUUGCAAUUUUCAAGAAGCAAUCAUUCAAUAUUUAAUAUUAUCAAACUUUAUUUGGUCAGUUUGUAUUUCAGUAAAUUUAUUAUAUUUAUGUUUUUCACCGAAUAAGAAUUUAAAAAAAAAUGAACUUUUAUAUCAUUUAUGUAGUUGGGGUAUUCCUUUAAUUGUUGUAGUUAUUACUAAAAUACCUAAUAUGAUAAGUGAUAAUGGUAAUCAGUGUAGAUUUAAAAGUCCAAAUUAUAUUAAAUUUUAUUUAGAAACAAUAUUGUUUAUAGCGUUUAUGUUAUUUAAUUUUAUAGUUGCAUUUAUUACAAUUAAGCAUAUUAUUAGUGGAAAUUUAAGAGAAUCAGAGACAACAACAACAAGUGUACUAUUUGUAAAUGAAAAGAAAAUUACAACUAAAAAAAUAGUUUGGAGAUUAUUAUUAUAUCCAAGUAUAUUAUCAAUUUGUUAUAUUAUGACUUUAGUUUUAUCAAUUUAUCAAUUUUCAACAGAAUCUUAUGGUAGUGGUGGUGCUUAUGCUAAUAGUAUCAACAAUAAAAGAAAUGAUAAAAAUACAGAAAGUGGUAAUAGUAAUAAUAAUAAUAAUAGUUAUAUAGAAAUUUUAUUAUAUAUUUCAAAGGCAAUAUUCUUAUUACAAGGUUUUUUCAAUGCAUUGGUUUAUUUACGUUCUUCGAAAUUAAGAGAUCGUUAUAAGAAAAUAACUAUUUUUAGAAAAAUAUUUUGGAGGGAUGAAGCUGAUUAUCAAUCAAUUAAUGAUGGUUUUAAUUGA